CCCACGUGAGCGCACGGCCAGCCCGGAUCCCGCCGGUUGCGCGCCGAGUCCCGGCUGCUCGCCGGUGCCUCCGCGGUCGCUCGCCUCGCAGUCCGCGCUGCACGUCCCUGGCGGGUCCCAGCGGCCCUGGCCGGGCGCUUUGCCGGGCUCCGGCUCCUGCAUCCGGGGCAGCGAGCAGGCCAAGGCAGGCAGGCCGCCCCUGCCGUUCCGGGCGCCGAUAGACGAUGAGCAGCCACGGCAACAGUCUGUUCCUGCGGGAGAGCGGCCACCGCCUGGGCAGGGCCGGCUGGCUGCAGCGGAUGCGGGACAGUCUGCAGCAGAGGGCGCUGCGUACUCGCCUGCGCCUGCAGACCCUGACCCGCGAGCGCGUGCUGCGCUUCCUGCGUCGCAAUGCCUUCAUCCUGCUCACUGUCAGCGCUGUGGUCAUCGGUGUCAGUCUGGCCUUUGCCUUGCGCCCAUACCAGCUUACCUACCGGCAGAUCAAGUACUUCUCUUUUCCUGGUGAGCUUCUCAUGAGGAUGUUGCAAAUGCUGGUGCUGCCCCUCAUUGUCUCCAGCCUGGUCACAGGUAUGGCAUCUCUGGACAACAAGGCGACAGGGCGGAUGGGGAUGCGGGCAGCUGUGUACUACAUGGUGACCACGGUCAUUGCAGUCUUCAUUGGCAUCCUCAUGGUCACCAUCAUCCAUCCUGGGAAGGGCUCCAAGGAGGGGCUGCACCGUGAGGGCCGAAUUGAGGCCAUCCCCACAGCUGAUGCCUUCAUGGACCUGGUCAGAAAUAUGUUUCCACCCAACCUUGUGGAGGCCUGCUUCAAACAGUUUAAGACACAGUACAGCACAAGGAUUGUAACCAGGACCAUCGUGAGGACAGAGAAUGGGUCUGACCUGGGUGCUUCCAUCUCUCCUCCAUCAUCAGUGGAGAAUGAAACGAGCAUCCUGGAAAAUGUCACUCGGGCCUUGGGUACCCUACAGGAGGUACUGAGCUUUGAAGAGACUGUUCCUGUGCCUGGAUCUGCCAAUGGCAUCAAUGCCCUGGGCCUCGUGGUCUUCUCUGUGGCCUUUGGACUGGUCAUUGGAGGCAUGAAACACAAGGGCCGAGUCCUGAGGGACUUCUUCGACAGCCUCAAUGAGGCUAUUAUGAGGCUAGUGGGCAUCAUUAUAUGGUAUGCACCUGUGGGCAUCCUGUUCCUGAUUGCUGGGAAGAUUCUUGAAAUGGAAGACAUGGCUGUGCUCGGGGGUCAGCUGGGGAUGUACACACUGACUGUCAUCGUGGGCUUGUUCCUCCAUGCUGGUGGCGUCUUGCCCCUCAUCUACUUCCUCAUCACCCAUCGGAACCCCUUCCCCUUCAUUGGUGGCUUGCUGCAGGCACUCAUCACUGCCAUGGGCACAUCUUCCAGCUCUGCAACCCUGCCCAUCACCUUCCGCUGCCUAGAGGAAGGCCUGGGUGUGGACCGACGCAUCACCAGAUUCGUGCUGCCCGUGGGGGCCACUGUCAACAUGGAUGGCACUGCACUGUAUGAGGCCUUGGCUGCCAUCUUUAUUGCUCAAGUCAAUAAUUAUGAGCUCAACCUGGGCCAGAUCACCACCAUCAGUGACCGGCUUCGCACGAUGACAAAUGUGUUGGGGGACUCGAUUGGAGCGGCUGUUAUUGAGCAUUUAUCCCAGCAGGAGCUGGACCUGCAGGAAGCUGAGCUCACCCUUCCCAGCCUGGGGAAGCCCUACAAGUCACUCAUGGCACAAGAGAAGGGAGUGUCCAGGGGUCGGGGUGGAAAUGAGAGUGCCAUGUGAGGGUCCUCCAAGCCUGCUGCCUCGUGAGAAGGGGAGUCCUGGGGACAGUCUGCUAUCCAGCUGACCAUGGGCUGAACCUA